AACAUAUUGAUUUAAAACUUAUGAUUGGGUUGUAUAUAUAUUUUGACGUGAUUUUGACGUGCAGACUUCAGAUGAUAAAAUUGAAAUAUGGAGAAGCAUCCCGUCUCUUAUUUACAAGAGGCGAUGGCAAGACAAGGAAAGACUGCCCCUCUUUAUGAUAUAAAACCCUGCCCAGGUGGUUUUGUCUGUGAUGUAGUUGUUGAAGAUAUCACAGCAUCGGCAGUUUGUGCAUCAAAAUCAGCAGCUAAGUAUGAAGCAGCUUAUAAAGCGGCUAUUAUUUAUCAAGAAAAAUAUGAUAUACAGCAGAUUAAAAUGACCACACCUCCAACUAUAGCAAAUAAUUCAUUAAAUGAUUCAAUUAAUACAUAUCAAAAUUCAUCAUUAAAUUCUUCUCAAACCUAUUUAGCAAAACAUCCAGUCUCAGAGCUACAAGAACUAAUGGCUGCGAAACAAAAGCCCUUACCACAUUAUUUAGUUAUGGAUCGAUCGAAACCCAGUAAUCCUUACUUCCAUUGUACUCUAACAGUAGAGGAUAGAACUUACGAAUCUGAAGGCUCUAAUAAGCAAAUUACAAGAACACAAUGUGCUAAAUUAGCUUUAAAUGAUUUAAAAACAAACAUACCCCAAAGCAGUAUAAGCAUCAUGAAUACUUUAAAUGAAAAUGUUGAUAUUUCAAGUAAUGUUGGAUACAAUGCUAUAGGUGCAUUAAAUGAGUAUUUACAAAAAAGCAAUUUUCGUUGCGCCUCCUUCCAAGAAAUGGGGUCUAAUAAUACAGGGCAAUUUGUUAUAGUUUGUGAAGCUUUAGGGAAACGUUGUGAAGGAUAUGGUAUCACUAAAAAGCAAGCCAAGCAAAAUUCAGCACAUGCUAUGAAUGAAAUAUUGAAAAUUCAUAAAGAAUCAAAAGGAAUGACAAAAAAAGCUGUUAUUGAUGGUGAACCUACAAUUAUUAAUGAUGAUAACAUCAUAAAGAAAUUUACCGAAUUGAGUAUUCAACCUCAGCAACUUUUGGAAUCUGUGAUGUCAACCAAACAAUUUGUUACCACUUCUCCAUCCGAAGAAGAUGAUAAUAUAAAAGAUACAGCCACAGAGGAUGAUUUGAUAACAUUAUUAAAUGAAUCCGGUUUACGGUUCUCUAUUACAGCUUUACCUGCUGCAGAUGAUGUUGUAAUACUUGCUUUAGUUUUUAAUGAUAAACUAUCAACUACCAUUCUUUCUUCUGGCACUGUUUAUGAAGAAACUAAAAUACAAUUAUUAAAAAAAGCAGUUAAAAUAAUGUCAUUAACUAAGUAAUAUGUAAUUAAGAACUAAAAAGAAUUAAGAUUAAGUUUGUAUUAUGAAUAUGUAUUAUCAAAAAAUUGCUACUAAAUACACCUUUGAGUUUUCAAAAAACUUAGAGGAG